GCGGAAGUGUCAGUCGUUAGCAACAUACCUUAACAACAACAGUUUAACAAGGGUAUAACUGGCAAGACAAAUAGCUACCAAAUUAUCAAACAAAUAACAAUGGCAGACACUCAGCAGGAGGCUGUAAAUAUAGGCCCUGGAGGUGUUCCAGAAGGAGCAAAAACUUCAGAAUACUACAAAACAGAUGAACAUUUACCACAGAGAUUUGACAAUCCUGGAUGGUUCCAAGGUUAUGGAGGUAAACAACAACAUCCAAUGUAUAGGACUAGUGGUCAGGACUAUGGAGCACGGGUGCCAACAGUACACAAUAUGCCUAAAAGUUUUCAUGGUCGCACACAAAAAUUCUCAAAUCAUCUAGGAAAAUGUGGAAUGUACAGGAACCACUCAAUGAACACUGCCUUGGACCAAAGUAAAGUGUGAUCAUACUUAUUCUAGAUA